UCAAUUUCAUAGUCGAAAUCAUCCUCGGACCUGGCUGGGUGUUCACCCCUAAAACCAACAUUAAUCGAACCAAUGAUCGAACAAAGAAUGUUAGAAAUGAAAUGGUGGUUGAGAAUUGGGGGGAAGAGGAGUCUCCCUCUAUGGGUUGGGAGAUGGAGUAGAAGCCUGCGUUCAGACGCGGCGUUGGAAGCCAUAGCUAAAGCUUCAGAUGACAGAGUUCCCAACAUAGUUCUCUACAAUUACCCUUCCUUUUCUGGAGCAUUCUCCGCUCUCUUCGCUCACCUCUUCCACACUCGCCUCAAUCUCCCUUCCCUCAUACUGCCCUUCUCUUCUGUUCCUCCUCUCGCUUUCAGGGUUGAAGAUUUGUGCAUUGAUGGCCUUCAGACAUGUUAUCUACUUGACUUUAUUCCUUCAAAGGAAUUCAUUUUCAACCUUUCCCGAAAAUCAAAGUGCAAGGUUAUUGGGUUUGAUCAUCGGAAAUCAGUACUUAGACAUAUUUCCCCUGCCAAUGAUUUCCCUGAGAAUAUUACAAUUAAUGUAAACCUUGAGAAGAGUAGCUCCAGUGUUGUUUAUGAGUACUUUGCUGGCAAACUUGAGGAUAUUAAUAUUUCUUAUGGUGCGGCUCCAUGUUUGGUGGACUCGAAAGACAAAGGUCGAGUGGAGCUGAUUCUUAAGUAUAUUGAGGAUGGAGAUCUUCGCCGAUGGAACUUGCCCGGCAUCAAGGCCUUUAAUAUUGGACUGAGUGAAUGGCGGUCGAGGUUUAACUGCAUUUCAAAUCCAUACAUGUACAAGCAGUUGCUAGAAUUGAGUGCUGAUGAUCUAAUUUCUAAAGGAAAUUCAUGUCUUUCAUCUCGCCAGAAUGCUGCAAGUAAAUUGCUGGAAAAGGUUUUCAGGGUUCGUUUGGGUAGAGGAUUUUAUGGAGAGUGCCUGGGAGUUCGAGCAGAUGGGAACUCCAACUUAAGUGAUGAAAUUGGCAAGCUUCUUAGUGUAAAAAGUGCUGCUACUGGCCUUAGGCCUAUAGGUGCUGUGAUAUUCAUGCAGCGGAAUAAUCUCAAAAUGUGCUUGCGUAGCACUGAUGGUGCCACUGAUACCUCUGAAGUUGCAAAGGCAUAUGGCGGAGGUGGUUCCCCAAGUUCAAGCUCCUUCAUCAUAAGGAUGGAUGAAUACAACCAAUGGAUUUCGGGGAAUUCAUGAUGAUAUUUUCUGGGAAGAGACAGAUGAAGUGAUGACACUUGCAUGAUGGCAGUGUUACCAAAACAGAUCCACAGACUUCCUGAUAUUGAUGCUGCACAUGAUGAGACUAGGAAAAGUCAAGGUAGAGAGUGAGCAAGAUGGAAGCAUUGAUCUUGGGAGUAAACAAGCCACUGUUGAGGUUGAUUUAAAGGACAAAAGAUGAAAAUGAUAUUCAAGUUCAGCCAAUUUGAAAGAAAAUUUCCUAACAAUUAGUUCCUCAUGAGUUUGAGACCCCAAUACUGCUAUUGCCAUUGUUUCUUCAACCACCAGUUGCCAACUUUACACAGAUUUUAGCUGCAGUUUCUGAUUACUAUUGCAAUGUUUAUCUUUUUCAGCCAAAGUCUGUGAUUGAAAAUAUUUAUGGAGCAUUGAAUAAUAAAUAAGUUAAAUUAUUUCUAUCCUUGCUAUCUUGA